GGGCUCUGAGAGAGAAUACUGUAAAUGCCUAAUAAAUUACAAAUGUCUGAUGAGGUAAGAGGAGAUCUAGAUAAACUAGAUGAUGGGUGUGUGUUUGUGUGUGUGUGUGUGGGGGGGUUGUGAAUACCCUAAAACCUUAAAAGCGCCCCCAUUCAACUCUUACCUAAGACUGCUAUCUAACAUACUGGACCCCUCUCCCCCCUGCCCCCCAAAAAAGGAAAAAGCUUUUUAGUUUUGAAUUUUAUCAGUGCUUUAAAGGUCCACACUGAUGGGAAGUAAAACAGUCUUAAGAGUCAAAAUAUCCCAAUCAUUUUGUUAUACAUCUUUACUUUUAAAAUGUUUACUUUCUAAGAUUUUGAUUUUGUAUUCAAGUAAUUCCACGUUUCAAGCAAGAGCGUCCUGUGUAAGCAGAAAAAGGAAUAUGUGCAUCUUUGAAAAAGAACGUGAGAAAAUAGUAAUAUCUGCAUUAAGGAACCGUUCGUUAGUUACUUUCUCCUCAUUUUUAAGCAAUAUGUCAACUAAUGGAAUGAUAACCUCACUUAAGACAUUCCCUAAACAGUAAUUUUAAAAUGUGAGAUUGAAAGGUCAUGCUAACGACUGUUAAAUGCUGCAGUUCUGAUUUGAAAUAUUUGAAGACUAAGUCCCAAGGACUUUAAAUAAGGUUCCAUUCCCUUCCUUUACUCUUUUUAGCAGAUGUCAAAAAUUGAGAAGGUGGGGAUGUUUUUUCAUUUUAACGGAAAACAUGGGAUUAAUUUCCAAAAUAGGAACUGAUGUUAAGACUUGGGGACAGGAGUUUUAGAAAUUCGAGUUCUACACAUCUCUUUUUCUUUUGCAUGUGAACAUAUGUUCCAAUUAGUCGAGUUCUUGAACCUUUCUAAACUUUACAAAAUGCCAAUUCUACGUUGAAAAAAUAGCAGUCACGGGGUGGGGGUGGGGGGGCAGUGUGCAAAGGGAAAUUUUUAACAACAGUAGAUAGGAUUUACACUCGAUGUCUACUUACAAUUCACUUUCCAUCAACGAAAGUUGUCUAGCAAGCGCCUGCAGGAUUAAUUUUAGCUUUUAGCGCUAAUUGGUGUCUCGCGGAACAACUAUCCUCUUAGCACAGCCCACUUCUAAAACCCUUUCAGCCUCCCACUCAGGAGGUGGCGAGCAAAGCCCGGCGGCCGCUUUGCUUCUCUCUUCACUCCGCCCCUUCCAGUUGGCUACAAACUGAUGACAUCAUUGCUCCGCGCAACCUACCAGGCCUCAGGGUCUGAAGCUGAGACGAAGUCCUGGCUUUCACGUAGCGGCUUCGGGAGCAGGAAAGGAAAGAAGCAGAAGAAGCUAGUCAAAAGGAAAUAGAAGAAUGGGAAAGGAAACUUCUAGCUCAAGCAGCUCCAGCUUGCAUGGAGACCAUGUGGGAAAUUCCGGCCAUUGGGCAUUUCCUUUGUUUAGCCCAGCAAAUUUUAAAUUUGCCAGAAAUAGUCUUUUACGAACUGGAACGUUGUCUUCUGAUGCCUCAAUGUAAUGCUUUUCUAUCUAAAAUAAUGACUUCUCUAUUAAGUCCUCCCCAUCGCAGACCUACCUUACAUCGAAGACCUACUUUGCCUUAUAGGACCUGGGAAGCAGCACUGAGGCAGAAAGUGCAGCAGUGGUACACGGCUGUAGGGCAGACAGAAAAUCCUGACAACUGUGCCGAAAAACUUGGGUUGUGUCCUCAGUUUUUUAAAGUUCUUGGAGAAGUUAAUCCAUUGGAAGAAAAACCUUUUCAUGAACUACCUUUCUACCAAAAAGUGUGGCUACUUAAGGGUCUUUGUGACUUUGUGUAUGAAACACAAAAGGAAGUUCAAGAUGCUGUUCUUGGGCAGCCUAUUCAUGAAUGCAGGGAAGUUAUUCUUGGUUAUGAUUAUUUGGAGAAUGCUUAUGUACAUUUUCCACAGUUUUGUGGUGCAGAUGUACGGAUUUACAAACAAAGACCUUUUCAGGCCCCAGAAUUUCCAAUUCCACCCAUUAAAAUACAAAGAGUACCUCGAAUUAAACUGGAGAAAUUGAAGUGUGACUAUGUUAGUGCAAGUAAUGGAGAGCAUAGGUGUAGUAGAGAAGGCCUGCCCUCUGCCUUCAGAAAAGAGCAGGAAAUGAAUUUUGAUCCAACCUGCUGCCCUGCUAAAAUGAACUUAGAUAAUCAUGACAUCUCUGUUGAAACGGAAGUGAAAUCUAACUGUGAAAUUAGAAUUCGCAGGCCCUGUGAAAUGAAUAUAACUGAUUGUUGUAAAGAAAAUUUAGAGAAACCAGGAAGUCCAGGGGAGGUUACUAGCUUUGGAGAGCCUCUCAGUCCAGGUGAAAUAAGGUUUAUAGAAAAUCAGGAAAAAUAUGGUGAAGCUUCCAGAGUAAAGCCUGAACCCAGUCCAUUAAAAGAAAAUGCUCUGAAAUCUUGCCAGAUACAUGUAAAUGGAAGCCACAGUGAUCAUCCAGACAUUAACUGCCACAAAGUUGUAAGGGAUAUUCUAUUAGAACAGUCACUGCAGAGCCACAAGAAACUCAAACUAACUAAAAUGAGGGCAAAAAAGAAGAAAAAGAAAAAAAAGAAAUUGAAAGAUAUUUUGAAUGAAAACUUACAGAGAAAGCGUGAAAGUCUUCAUUCCCUUGCAUUCAAGUCUUAUAAACCUGAGAUCCAGAAUAAGUUACUGAUCAUCAAAAAGAAAGCAAAACACAAGAAGCACAAAUCUGGAAAAAAAUCCAUAUCUAAAAAAGCAAUCACAAAGAAGAGGAAAACUGUCACAAAGUCACCUACUGUACCAGAAUUUCAGCUUAUUUGCACUAAUCUUGAUGAACUCAGGGAAUUAAUCACAAAAAUCGAGAAUGAACUCAAAGAUCUGGAAAACAAUAGAAAAAAAUCGGGCAAAUGGUAUCAUCGGAGGCAAGCUGUAAAAGAAUUACAUAGUACACUGAUACGUCUUUUAAACGAAUUGUUGCCAUGGGAACCAAAGUUAAUGAAAGCUUUUCAAAGAAACAGGAGUCGCCUAAAGAAAGACUAUGAUGACUUUAGAAGACAGCCUGAUCAUGAUAAAUUUGCUAGAGAACUGUGGACUAGUGAAGAAGGUGAAGGAGAUCCUGGAAGAGAAACCCCUAAAGUAGAAAUCAGUAGCAAAUCUAUAGACACCACAGAACCUCUAGAUAUCCUGGAGAAGGAUCAUUUUGAUUCAGAUGAUAUGAAAUUGUCAGAAAUAGAUUUUCCUAUGGCCAGAAGUAAGUUGUUGAAAAAGGAAUUGCCUUCUAAAGAUCUAAAGACACUGCCUAAAACACUUAAACGACAGUCCAAGCAAAUUAGUUACCUGGAUGAUAGCACAAAAGAGCUUUCCCCAAGGAAGAAAGCUAAGUUAAGCACAAAUGAGACAGUGGUUGAAAAUGUAGAAGGUGACGUGCAGAUGGACUGUUUGAAUGAAUCAAAGCAUACAGAGCCACUGUUUCCGGAGUCGUUUGCCUCAUUGGAUUCAACACCACUGUCUACUCUCCAGAAAGGGACCAAACCUAUUCAGGCCUUGCUUGCAAAGAAUAUUGGGAACAAAGUGACCUUAACAAAUCAACUGCCCCCUUCCACAGGUAGAAAUGCCCCUGCUGUGGAAAAGCCAGUUAUGUCUCCUCCAGAAGCAAGCCCCAUAAAGCCAGCAUUGACCUGCCACACCAGUACAAAAGGUCCUUUACAGAUGGUAUACAAAAUGCCCUGUGGUCAGUGGUUGCCCAUAGAUCUUCAUAACAGCUCUGUAAAGAUUCAGAUGCAACCUAUGCUAGAUCCUAAAUCAGGAGAAAAAAUUAUGCAACAGGUUCUCAUUCUGCCUAAGAGUUUUGUGAUUCAGCACAAGGAAGGGAAAGCAGUUGCAAAAGAAAUACCACCACUUCAACAAAAAGGUACAGAACAACAUGGUUCAUCUUUCCCACAGACAGCAAAUGUAAACUCUUCUUUACCAUCAGUUCUUGUCAGCCCAACAGGAACUGUUUCUACCCAACUAUCUAAUACAGCUUUCAACAAGACAGUUACCCCUUUGUCAAAUGUGAGUAGUGCUAGACCACAGUCUUUGACACCUGUAACCUCCAUAAGUAAUUUGUUAGCACCACCAGUUAAGACUAGCCAGAGUGAGGCAGGAAAAGUCAAGAACACAGUUUCAGCCGCCACAUUCCCACAGCCCAUUGCUUCACCCACCACUUCCUCAACAGUUCAGCCUCAGUUAUCAGCAACAACACUAAAUGGAUCUACAAAUCCCGGUAGUUCCCUCAACUGUUUUGCACAACAAACUGCUGAUUCUUCUGAAGCAAAGCAAGAACUGAAAACUGUGUGUAUAAGAGAUUCACAGUCAAUUCUUGUUAGGACACGAGGUGGCAACACUGGAGUUGUAAAAGUGCAGACCAAUCCAGAUCAGAGUUCACCCAGCAGUUUAUCUUCAGGUUCAGUUUUUACUAUUGCUCCUCAGCUUCAGGCAUUUCUGGUACCAAAGUCAUCAGCUUCCUCAUCAUCUGCUUUUCCGUCGGUAGCUGGAACAACUGCUACAUCUAGUCUCCCAUCUUUUGGCCAAGCACCUACUUCUGUUUCCAUUCCAGCUGGCUUUAAUCCAUCCACAGGGAAAAAUCUUAAAUUUACAUUAAGCCAACCUUCCUGCAGUGGUAAUUUGGGCCAUACGAUAGAUAAAACUUCACCCAUGCCUUCCUCUCCCUUAAAGUCCUCUGUUUCUUCCAGCACUCUAUUACCGUCAACAGCAAAUAGUUCGGUAAGUGUAAUUAGCAUAUCAACAGGAAAUUUUGGACAAACCAGUUCAAAUGUUAUUCGUACACCAGCGAAACAUCAACAAGUAGAUUAUGUCACAAAAAGUUACCCUGUUACAAGAACAGACGCAACAGCAGCAGCAAGUGGAGAUACUAUCAGUGGGACUCCAGUGCAGAAACUUAUGCUGGUGUCAGCUCCAUCUGUUCUUUCUUCUGGCAGUGGAACUUCAAUUAAUGUGGCACCAGCACCAACAUCUCCAGGUGUUUCUGCCCAGAAAUUAGUUUUUAUAAAUGCUGCAAUUCCCAGUGGCACUUCAACCCCAACCAUUGUAGCAGAACCAUUAAAACAAGCUCUUCCUUCUCCAUUGAGUAAAACAUAUGUUAAGUCUCCAGAACAGCCCCAGAUAGUACUAAUUCCAUCUACAGUGGGAACACCAAUAAAAAUAAAUUCAUCACCAACUGUGUCUCAGAUAAAAGAUGUGAAAAUUGGGCUAAACAUAGGCCAAGCAAUUGUUAAUACUUCAGGCAGUGUGCCAGCUCUGCCAUCAAUUAACAUACUGCAAAAUGUAACCUCAAAAGGAGAAGAAAAAAGUAGCAAGGGCUAUGUUUUACCAUUGUCAACAAGUGGCAGUUCAAUUCCAGUAAGCUCAAAUUUUAUGAGUCAAAAUAUUACUCCUGUUAAUGAAUCGGUGGUUUCUGCUUCAAGAACAGUAAACAUGUUUUCAGGAACAGGAGCAAAUGUAUCUUUGGGUUCUGUUUCAGUGACCUCAACCUCUGCCUCAGUUGGGACACGACCUCCUGUUUUAGUCAGUGGAAAUGAUACCUCUUCAAGAAUUAUGCCUAGUUUGUCAAACAGAAUUUGCACGUCAAAUCUCGGAAACACUGUGGCUAUAUCAACUGUGAAAACAGGACAUCUUGCAUCAUCUGUUCUGAUUUCAACUACACAACCAACAGUGUCUCCGAAAUGUUUAACAUCAGCUUUGCAAAUCCCUGUUACGGUUGCCUUGCCUACACCUGUGACUGUGUCCCCUAAAACAAUCAACACAGUUCCACAAGCAGCAACAGCACCAGGAGCCACACGUUCUGUAUCUCUUUCUAAAAGACAAUCUCGGACUUCGGUCCAGUUGCAGUCACCAGGGGUUUCAACUACAGUGCCAACAAAUAUAAACACAAAUAAACCUCAAACUGAAUUGCCAUCCCUUUCACCAAAUCCAGGUAAAAUAAUUAACAUUUCCAAUUUUGCUUCUCUGCCAAACCAGCAAAUGUCCCCUGCUUUCUUAAAAUCAACCCCUAGUUAUAGUUCUACUCCAGGUGUCACUGCCAUUCACACUGCUACAGCACCAUCAAAUGUAACUAGUGUAAUAGGGAGUCAGUUCAGUGAACCUUGUAUUCAGCAAAAAAUAAUCAUCAAUACCAGUACACCUUUGGCACCUGGUACUCAGAUCAUGAUUAAUGGAGCCCGGUUUAUUGUUCCACCACAAGGUCUUGGAGCUGGCAGCCAUGUUCUUCUUAUAUCUACUAAUCCAAAAUAUGGACCUCCCUUAGUUCUUAAUAAUGGCCAAGGCACUCAGCCUACACCAGUAGAUAACCUGGCCCAAAAGAUCACACUAGCAUCAAAUAAUUCCUUAAGUGGGCAACCUGUAAAACAUUAUCUAAAAAGCUCUACAAAAAUUGUAAACUCUCUUGGGAAUGCAAGUUCUCUAUCCACUGCAGCACCACAAAUCAUAAACCCAACUGCUAAAGUUUCUGUUCCACCUCCUGUACCAACAGUGUCACUGACUUCAGUAAUUAAGUCUCCUCCAGCAACUCUUUUGGCUAAGACAUCUUUAGUUUCUGCCAUUUGUUCUAGUAAUCCUCCACUGCCAAGUAACACUUCAGUAUUUCAUUUGGACACAUCAGUCAAAAAAUUAUUGGUCAGCCCAGAAGGAGCCAUUUUGAAUACCAUAAAUACUCCACCAUCUAAGGUUUCUUCAGCCUCUCCAUCACUCUCUCAAAUUGUAUCUGCCAGUCGAAAUCCUGCCUCUGUCUUCCCUGCUUUUCAGUCAUCUGGCUUAGAGAAGCCUGACACAGCUGCAUCUUGAAUUUAGACUAAACGAGCCAGUUUUUAAAUAAUGGGGCAUUGUUUUGACUCCCAUAAAAAUUUUAACUGUUUAUUAUACUGUUGAAAACAUACUAUACAUAGUUUGUGUGUGUGUUAAUGUAUCUUUUCAUUAGCUUGCAACAAGGCUUUGUUUUUCUUGGGGAGGGAAAAAUCUGUUCCAUUUCACUCAUUGGUAUGAGUAUGUUUUCAAAGGUUAUUUGUUUAAAAUAGACAGGAUUUACCUGUCUGUAUGACAUAAAUUGAACAGUCAAGUUUGACUAGUUUGGAAUAAGCUAGGGUUUUGCACACUUGCGUUGACAUGUUUCUUCUUGAAUUUGGACUGUUGCAGCGUGUAUCUCCAAUACGAUAUUCUGUGUCUUUAGUGGAAUAAUAUUUUUGUUUCUGUAAAAAAAAUAGAUAUAUAUAUAUUUAUGCAUUGUGAAAAUGCAGUCCAUUGUGUAAAAUUGUACAUAUCCCUAAAUCCUUAACAACCUGUACUAAACUAUAUGUACAAAGAACUAUGCUGUCUUAUUUAUGUUUUGUUUACAUAAUGUAUAGUUUUUUAAGUAUUUUAGUAAUUUUGGACCAGUGAACUGUUAGCAUCAAUGCAGAAGAAUCUGCAUGUAAUAAACUGAGUUGCUGUAUUUUCUUGUUUGAAUACCAUUUUUGAAGUGCGUUCUUGUUCUGUUGAAAGAUAACAUGAUAUGAAAUGAGGACAGAUCUUUACGAAAAGGAAUUUUAAGCUAGGAAAUUUGAAUCACUAACAGCAUUUUUACAAGGCUUUACAAUUUACAAACUUUGUUUCCACAUAUCUCAUUUGACUUUCACAGUAAUCUUGAAAGCUUAAAUGGUGUGUUGUAGGUCACUCAGCUAGUGGAUGGUAUGUACUGUGCUAAGUCGCUUCAGUCAUGUCCAACUCUUUGCGACCCCGUGGACUUAAGACCCCCAGGCUCCUCUGUCCAUGGAGUUCUCCUGGCGAAAACACUGAGUUGGUUGCCAUUUCCUUCUCCAAGUAGAUGGUAUAUUCAGUAUUUGAACCUAAUGCUUUAAAUCCUUUUUGCAUAACUUUACAUGACUUCUGCUUUAAAAUUUCACUCUGGAUUUCAUUGUUUUAACUUUUUUUCCUUAAUUUACCACUAAAUUCUACAUUGAUUAAAGUAAGUAAUCUUAAGCCAAGUAUAUUUUUUUCAACCUUUUAUUUUUAAAUAAUUUUAGAUUCAGAAGAAGUUGCAAUGAUAGUACGAGAAGUUUCAGGUACCCUUCACCUAACUUCCCCCAAUACAUUUAUUUUUACAUUGAGGGGUUGGUUCAUAGUGCUUUUUCAAAAUGAUAUUUAAAAACAUGAAUUUUUUUUUUUAGUUUAGAGUGACAAAUGUGAGCACCUUUUUAAAUUAUUUUAUGAGUACUCCCUCCUUUUUUGCGUAUUUUUCAGGUACAGAGCAGUUACUUAAAUUUCAUGGUAAAGCAAUGUUUAUGGGUCAUCUUACUCUUGGGGUUCAACAUUAUGGUAUUUCAGAUUUGCCUCAUCUUAAAUAAAAGGUAGAUUUUAUACUUACUCAAUGUUUGUAUCCAUUAUCUUAUUUGGGAUAAUGAUUGUAUACUCGUCCACAUUUCAUUUGUAGUGAAAUUAUUAAACCUCAUCACAUGGAGUUAAUAGGCCAGGGUUGAAGAUGGUAGGGAAGAGUAGGCCUAAAGACUUCUUUUGAAACUACAUUGAAAUUUAUUAGUUAUCAAAAUGAAGAGGGCAGUGAGAAUAUUCCUGGAAAGUUGUUAAAGUCUCUCGAAAACCUAUAUUUAUACUCUAAGGCAGUAACACUGCUAAUCAUGUGUAUGUUGUACUCUAGUCACCUUCCCCAUUUCCUUGUCAGUUUAGAAACAGUGGUUGGAUUUCAGGGAGAAGUGGGUGAUGUUUAAAUACAUUGCAUUGUAUUCAUACAUACAGGUGUGCAAUAAAUGGAUUUAUUUACCUACUCAACUUUUAAAAUCUAAAACUGUUCAUCUUUUGUCUGAGAAGAAUUCUCUAGAUCAACUUCCAGAAACUAAUUUACUUAAUUACUUAUGACUCACUUUAUUCCCAGUGAAGGCUUUCACUUAUUAACCAAUUCUUUUCUAACUCGUAAAUCAAAAUCCUAAUAUGAUUUUCAAAGCUCUGUGUGGUAUGGUGAACCUUAAAGUCCCUCCUUCCUACUUAGGGAUCUUCAGUCUGUGCUUCAUUCUCCAGCUUCAUUUUAAUUGACCCUCCUCCUUACUUUCUGUACUACAGUUUUCUUUUAGUUCCUAGAAAGUUUAAGAUGUCACAGU